AUGAGAACGACGCAAACGAAAAAAUUAAAGAUAAAAAUUUUAAAAACUAGUGUGAAACGAACUAAAGCGUGAGUAAACGUCGACCGAUUAGAAUGCCUCUUAAUAAUUUUAUCUGUUGCGUUUAUGACUAAAGUAUUCGCAGUUUUCCCAAAACGCGUAUUGUCUCGUCUGAGUCACAUUUCAAAUUUAGGAAAUUGCCGCGAUAUAAGGCACGAAACAAGCUUGUCCAGGAAAAAAGAAAGUCAUUCCUUAAAUGUUCAAAUAUGAGCUCUUUGAACAGAAGUAGAAGUGCUCUAGAAAACAAUCCAGUACCUGAAGAUUCGUUGAACAGAAAACAAUUGCUUUUGCAGUGCAAUUUAAAACAAAAAGAGAAAAAACCUGCUAAUAUAAAAGGACCACAACGUAAGGAAUUUACACGUUCUUCAAAGACACUGUUUGAUCGUGUUCAUAAACGGGGAUAA